AUGACUUCCCGUGUCACAGUUCAACAGGUUAUGGGCCGCACUUCGGCUUAUAUUAAUCUUACUUCCUCUGAAAAACUCACUCCUCUCAACUAUCAUGUCUGGGCUACCAAAAUUCUUUUGGGUCUUCGUGCUAUGAAUAAUGGUGUCCACCUUUAUGUCGAAGCUGGUACUGUCAAUCCAGCUGCCAAUGAAUCCCUUGAAGACCUCACCGCCUCGCUUGAUACCGUCGUCCAUGAUGUCAUCCUCAACAAUAUUUCUCCUGAGUUGAUCGAACAUGUUAAUGAUGUGGCCAUUAGAGGCCGUGACCUCUGGCUUUACCUUCAUCAGGAGUAUAGUCAACUCCAACCCGCCGAUGUCAUCUCACUUAUGAAAUCCCUCUAUGCUGGCAAUAUUGAUGUUGGUCCAAAGUUUGUUUCUUCUGUUCGCUCUUAUGUUGCUACCUGGCGUUCCAUCUACCCAUCAUUGUCGCCUGAUUCGGUCGUGGCCUUCAACGCUUUGGCUUCAAUGGGUCCCAAUUGUGAGCGCUUCAUCCAGUAUGCCUUGGAGCACCGCUUUGAUAUUGUUGAAGAUUACUGGACCCCUGCUACUCUUUCGACUGAAGCGUUCGUUGCUUCAUCAAAGAAGUACAAUAACAAAUCUAAGGGUGAUGGUAUUAAAUGUUUCCGUUGUAAGAGGCGUGGUCAUACUUCCAACAAUUGUCAUGUCUCUUGGGAAGAGGUUCAGGCUGCUCGCCAAGAUAAUAAGGAUGACAAGGAAUCUAAGGAGGCUAAAACCUCAAGAGGUUGGUUUGCUGAGACUAUUGAUGAAUUUUCUGAGAUAGUUGAUGAUGAUCCAUUUCCGUGUAUCGGCGAUGAAGAUUGUUUUGUUGGUCAAGUUUCUGAGUAUUGUUCAAACUCAGGACUUGAUAUUGAUUCAGUUGGUAAACCGUUUGUUGGUUCCACUGAUGAUUCUUGUUUUAUUUCUGAACCGUAUGUCGGUUCUACUGUUGUUUGUUUGGAGUCUGAACCGUGUGUCAGUUCAGCUCCUAUUUGUUUUGAUUCUGAAUCGUUGGUCGAUUCGGAUAUUGUUCCUUUUGAUUCUGAACCGUUGGUCGGUUCUUCUUUUAUUUCUUGUUCUGAUUCUAAACCGUUGGUCGGUUCUGAUGAUGAUAUUGUCUUACCUUCUUUUGAUUUUUUGGUGGAUUCAAUUACUGAACCUUCUCCGCCUAUUGUUAAACCUAUUGGGGUUGGCGACAUUGUCGUUGAUCUUCUUGGUAAAGAUGACCAGCCUUGUGACCGCGUUGUUCUUCGAGAUGUUUUAUAUGUUCCUAAGAUUCCUCGCAAUUUAUUUGCUGCUCGUCGAGCUACUGCUGGUGGUUGUAGGUUCAUUCAAGACCUUAACCAUAUUUCUGCUGUUGAAAAUGGCAAAACUCGAGUCCACGCCAUUGCCAUGGGUGAUUUGUACUUUUGUCGUUUCCGAGUUGUUUUGCCUUCCAAGCCAGUCCAUGAGGUGUUUGCUGUUGAGUCGUCUGCCAAUCUUUGGCACAAGCGACUUGGUCACGCCAGUGUGGACGUUCUCAAGAAAUUAUCUAAGUCACUUUCUGUCAAGCCUACUCAUUUUGAGGUUGUGGAUAGUCAUAAGUGUGACGCUUGCUUGGGUGGCAAAGCCACAGCAUUGCCAUUUAAUGGUACCACAGAAAAAGCUAGUCGUCCUUUGGAAUUAUUUGUUUCUGAUUUGAGCGGUCCUCAUUGUUGA